CAUCGCAUUAUCGAAAGAGCGAUGUUUUGUAUUUACCAGCAUAACAAUCAGUUGUAAAUAAAUAUUCGUUUGAGUUUUUUUUAUAAAGUGAUAGUAAUGUUGAAUAUAACCGAAAUAGUUGCACAAAACUCGAAAACUGUGGUUAACCUACCACCAACAUCAGAGCCAUUCAUUAAAUUAACAAAAUGUUUAGAUGAGAUUCCUGUGAACGCCGACGAUCAUCUACAAUCAACAUGUACUCAACCUUUCGAAGCAACUAAGGUUUUUAGGUACGCUGUUGUAGAGCAUGAGAUUGCUGCUUCAGGCGAAGAUAUUAAAACGGUUUAUGACCUGACGCUUGAAACAGAAUCAACUAUUGAUUAUCGAUUUAACCCUGGAGACACGAUUGGAAUUCUGACGAAAAAUUUCGAUCAUGAUGUUGACACCGUUAUGACACGUUUGGAGCUACGUGACGUGCAGAGUUACUACCGAAUAGAAAUUGAUAGCAGCACUAAAAAGAAAAAAGCAGCAAUUCCACCAUACAUUCCAUCACUAGUACAGCCACGCAAACUUUUUUCUGAAUGCUUGGAUUUAAGAGCGAUACCAAAAAAGCUUUUCAUCAAUGCUCUAAUCCCUUAUACGAGCGACGAAAAAGAGAAACGGUUUCUCUCCCUAUUGGCCAAUAGACAUGAAACAGCUUUUGAUGAUAUUGUUCUUCGACCAAGUUUAAAGUUUAUCUCUUUGUUAUCCUGUAUAGAGUCUUGUAAACCAACAAUUGAACUUUUGAUCGAGCACCUACCUCGUUUGAUGCCUCGACCUUAUUCAAUCGCUAACUCAUUUGAUAAUUCAGUUCAAAGUACAAAAAUAAGACUGAUCUUCUCUCUAAGAGAUCAAAAUCCAGGAUUGACAACAGCAUUACUAGAAAAGUGCUCUAAUACUGAUAGUGCAGUAUUUCUAUAUUUUAGGAAAACAAGCUCUUUCCAUUUCACUGAUGAUGAUCUUGGGCGGGAUAUUGUAAUGAUUGGAGUUGGAACCGGUAUUGCUCCCUAUAUGGGGUUUCUUGAACGGCGCGAACAAGCUAUUGACCAAGGCGACAAGUCAUUGGGAGAAGCAUGGCUCUUUGCUGGAUUCAGAUAUGAACUGCUCAGCUAUUUAUGUCGUAAAGAAAUUGAGCAUUACCUCAAGAAAACUGCUCUAACUAAAUUAUCUGUUGCGUUUUCUCGUGACCCCAAUAGCCGCUUUCGCUAUGUGCAGGAUCAAAUCGAAGCAAAUAAGGAGGAUCUGGUAAGGAUACUAUCAAGCUCGAACGGUAGACUAUUUGUAUGCGGAGAUGGGAAAAGCAUGCUUCCCGAAGUCACUGCGAAAAUUGGGCAAAUUAUGAGUGUGGUGCUCGGUAUAAGUCAAGAAGAAUCAGCAAAACUUAUAGCAGACAAAAAGGAAAGUGGUUCAUACGUGGAAGAUAUAUGGCUAUGAUUACUAGCAGCCUUAUAUAAACGUAGCAAUGUAAUA